GAUGUGUAAAAGCUUCAUCUGAUAUUUAUUUACUUUUGGGUUUCUAUUAUUUUGUGAUUAAAGGACUAAGUCCAGCUCUAAAGCUCUGCAAAACCUGCAGAUCUUCUGACUUAACUACAGCUAACAUUUGGUUUAUCAUGAUGUACCAGUUGGUUUACCUAACUUUAUAAAAGAAUAAUCCAGUGAAGCUUAGUCUACUGAAAACAACGGAUUGAAAAUUGCCACUUGCAGUGUCAACUUUUCUUCAACAUAAGCAAUAAUUUAGGGAAUCUCAGUACCUCUGUGUGGUAUUCAUUAUAAUUGGAGACAACCCUUAUGAAAUUUCUGCUUUGCUAUUCAUUUCAAAACAACUGAGAUGGGUAUCACUGGAGAGUUGGUUAGAAGUGUCUUCUCCAGAAAUCGCUCUGUUGGGACUCAGGAUAGCAAUAACUUCCCCCACUAAACUAUAGUGAACCGCUUUGUUUCUGUUUUGGAGUUUGAAGUGAUUCCUCUUAAUUGUCACUAUGCUGGCUAAAGCUGCAGGCAAGGAACAAUAUGGCGGAAAAAAGAAAAUGGAGUUCAGUUAGAUCAUACCUGUGUGGUGAUGAGUUCAAUUCAGUCUUAGCAGAGGAAGACUCCGCUUCGGUUAAGAGCUCUGAGGCCACUGUUACACAGCCUAUACUAGAAGACUUCACGGACAAGGGAGAAACUCACAGUGAAGAUUCCAAGGAAAAGCAUAACUCAAUUUCCAAGUUAUUCCAUAAAGAAGAUGCAGCAAUCAUAAUUCAGACAGCAUUUAGAGGCUUCCGGGCUAGACGUCAAGAUGAAGAAAACAAAUUAAAAGACAGUAAGCAGGAGCCUCUUGCAGUGACAGAUAGCCCAAGUAGGGAGUCUGUGGGAACGUCAAUUGAAGUUCAAACAGGAAAUUCUGUAGAAGUUUUCUCAGUUCGAGAAGAAAGCAUGGCUCUACCUCAAAGGAUGCACCAAAAAGCCAGAACUCAGAUUUUCAAGAUAAAGGAAGACUGGGAUGAUAGCACAGUGAGUAGCAAUGUAUCCAAAAUGAGGAUUCAGAAUAGGCUAGAAGCAACAACCAGGCGCGAGAGAGCUCUAGCUUAUGCCUUUUCACAGCAGCUAAGAAUUUGUUCGAAGAAGAAGCAAAACAGAACUGAUGACACAGAACUGAACAUGGGUUGGAGCUGGCUAGAACGAUGGAUGGCAACCCGUCUUCAUGAGAACUCCCUGGUUGAAAAUCCUAUAAGCAAGCAACUUGAGCCAUUUAACAACAAUCAAAAGUUCAUGGUGGCAAAAAGACUUUUCGAUGUAGCAGGGGAAGAACAGGAGAGUUGUGGAUCCAAUGAGGUAUCCGUUCAAAUUGAAAGCUUUUCAGUAAAUUCAGCUAAAGAGAUUGAAGGCUUCAAGCCUAGGAAAAACAGACUGAAGGCUACAAGUGUGUCAAGGAGGAAAACUGUGCCAAGCUACCAGUGCCCGAAAGAGUGCAGCAAAGUAAGCAAGAAGGACAGUCCGAAGGAGUGUGAUAUUAUUGAUAAGAAGAACAAGCAAAAGCAAGCAGGGAAUAAGAAAGAAGUUAAGUGCAACGAUGCUUCCAUUUAGAGAUCGCAUGCAAGAGCCUGGCCAGUGGCAAAUCCAAGUUGCCUUCUUAUCUUUCAAGAGAAGAUGAGUCUCGUGCUUCUACCUAGAAUUUAUUCAUGAGUGUAUGGCUUGUAGAAAUAAUAAAUCCCUUGUAUAUGGUAAUGGUAUGCUAAUAAUCCAGUUUAUUUAACUGAAGCAAUUAGAAUGACCAGGAAGCUGGGAAUGGAUCUUGUUUGAUAAAAACCAAGAUAUA